AUGGAGGACGAAGGAAAGUACGUCCGUGCUACAGGCAGUUCGGAAAGCGGACCUGAUGAGUCGCAUAACUUGGAGGACACCAUAAAAGAGACGAACGAGAUUGAAUCCAGCUGUGAGGGUGAUCAGGAGCAAGGUGAUCAACUCUCUGAUUGCACCAGUUCGACCUCAUGCUCCACUACGUCGGAUUCAUCAGUCUAUUCACCACCAGUACCACCACCACCGUCGAGCGAAAGCGAAGAUCGUAUGGAUCCAAGACGGUCCCUGGUAAUCGGGACGUCGACCGAAGAACCAAGGGAAGCGAAAUCGGGAAGCGUUGAGAAGAUCGAGCGAUUACAGAAGGUCAUUGCCGAUUUGACUAAAUCAUUGAGUGCAUAUCAACGACCAAACAACGCGACGCAUCGUGACGUUGACGACAAUUGGGCUGGUCCCUACGAUUCCACCGGCUAUACGGAUGUUACUCAGGCCGCUGUAAGAUGGGACCACAUUAAACCCUUCCCGAAUGGUAUUCCCGCAAACAAAAUGUGGGAAGAGUGGAAUAGGUUCAUUGAGAACUUUGAGAUAGCGGCGUCUCUGGGAAACGCUGCAAAUCCCGUACAACGUUCAAAGCUACUGUUCCUUUGUUUGGGACAGGAACUCCAAGGCAUAGUAAGGGCAGCCCAACUACGACCAAGCCUAGCGGAACCCGAUUGUUACACAGUUUUUGUGAAAAACGUGCGGAACUACCUACAAUCCAUGACGGACACAGCAGCCGAACAUGAGGCGUUUGCUGGUAUGAUGCAAGGGACUGGAGAAUCUGCUGUGGCGUUCCAUGCCAGGCUCCAGGAGAAGGUCAGGCUAUGCGGCUACAGCCCCUCUGAUCAAGAGCGUUUCGUCAGGGCUCAAUUGUUGAAAGGGCUUAGGAACAGGGAGCUCACAAAAACGGCCAGGAUCUACAGCUACCAGACGAACUUCAUAGUGCAAUCAGCGACAAGGGAGGAAGCUUACGAGGCGGAAACAGCACAACCCAGUGGCUCCAAUAUUUCUGCAGUUCAUCAGCGAUACCGGAAAUCACCCACUGAAAUGCAUCAAAAGCGCAGAAAAGAGGGUCAAGAUGAUAGACAUCCGACAAAGCGAUAUCGCAGCUUCGACAAGCAAUCUCAUGGGCGUCGAAAUCGUUGCUAUCGUUGCAACCGUCCUUCGCACAGGAGUGGUACAACCUGUCCGGCCCUCGACAAAAACUGCAACGGUUGCGGAGAACGUGGGCACUUCAUUGCAUCGUGUCGGAAGCGGCGCGUGAAUAAUGUACGACGCGAUACGGAGUCAAAUCCUGCUGGCUGGACCGAUGAGGAGAAUGAAGAAAAGAAGCAAGUAAACAUACUAUCCCUUAACGAUGUAUUAAUUAAUUGUUGCGUUGGGUCGUCGAGCUCAAUAACAUUCUUGAUUGACUCCGGGGCCGACGUGAACGUCAUCGGAGGCAACGACUGGAAGCUCCUGAAGCGAGAAUUUCAUCUUGGGAGGGCCGAACUUAACCCGGUUCAACCACCAGCUGACAGUGGGUUACAUGCUUACGGUUCGGGAAAGCCAAUAACUGUCAACGCAGCAUUCAGGGCAGAAAUUGUUGCCUUCGAAUCUUCAAAACCCCCUAUUGAAACAUUGUUUUAUGUCGCGAGCGAAGGACGACGUUCAUUACUCGGGCGUUCAACGGCGAGCGACAUGGGCUUGUUGCAUGUAGGAGCGGCAAUCAACAGUUGCGAGAUCCCAAAUGAAGCACAAGUGUUCCCCAAAAUGCCGGGAAUCAAAAUUAAAUUCAGUGUUGACAAGAGAGUUGUCCCAGUAAAGAAUGCCUACUACAAUGUGCCAGCAGCCUACAGAGAAGGAGCGCGAAUCAGGCUUCAAGAGAUGGAGACGCGUGGCAUUAUAGAGCGAGUCACGAAGGCACCGGAGUGGAUUAGCGGCAUGUCUGCGGUUGCCAAAGGCAAAGACGACUUCCGGUUGGUCGUCAAUAUGAGAGGACCAAACAAAGCGAUCAACCGGGAGUACUACCGCCUUCCGUUAAUCGAAGAGAUGAAGGUUAAGUUGCAUGGGGCUAGAUACUUCUCCAAGCUCGACUUGAGCAAUGCGUAUUAUCAUUUGGAGCUGUCGAAUGAGUCCCGUGACCUUACAACCUUUCUGACUGAGUCUGGAAUGUUCCGCUUCACGCGACUGAUGUUUGGCGUUAACUGUGCGCCAGAGAUAUUUCAACGAGAGAUGGUCCGUAUCUUAGAAGACGUAGAUGACGUGAUCGUUUAUAUCGAUGAUAUCCUGGUACACGCAGCAACCCUAGAAGAACUCCGUAAAACUGUAGCGAAAGUGCUGCAUAUCUUGAGAGCGAAUAACCUGACCAUCAAUACCGACAAAUGUGAGUUUGACAUGUCUCGAAUCAAAUUCCUCGGCCAUGAGCUGGACAAAGAUGGCUUUCACAUCGAAGAGGCCAAGGUGAAAAGCAUCCAGUGUUUUCGUGAGCCGGUAUCCGUUUCAGAGCUCCGGAGUUUCCUGGGCCUCGCAUCCUUUGUCAGUCCUCAUGUUCAGAACUUUGCCGACAUAUCUAGUCCACUAUGGUCUGCAACAACCUCGUGGAAUUGGGGACCUGACCAAAAAAAGGCAUUCAAUAUAAUCAAGGAACGAAUCAUCCAAUGCACCAUAGCCCAAGGUUUCUUUUCCGAAGAUGACAAGACAAUCUUGUACACGGACGCCUCGCCGGUGGCACUUGGUGCUGUCCUUGUACAAGAGGAUAACCACGCACGCAGAAUAAUCUCGUUCGCCUCUAAAGCGCUCACGAAAACUGAAAAAAGCUACCCCCAGAACCAACGGGAAGCGUUGGCGGCCGUCUGGGCGGUAGAACACUUUUCGUACUUCCUGCUUGGGAGGCGGUUCAUUCUUCGCACGGAUGCACAAGGAGUAACAUUCAUCCUAAAUCGUACUCGGGAAGAGUCGAAGAGAGCUCUCACACGAGCAGAUGGAUGGGCCCUUCGACUCAGUCCUUAUGACUAUGACGUCGAGUAUAUUCGCGGUAGGGAUAACAUCGCGGAUGCAUCGUCAAGGCUGUAUAACGGGAAUGAUGACCCCUUCGAAGAACAAAUCAGCCCUUGGGAGAUAGCGUCGCUUGAAGCAAACUCGGUUAGUUUUCUGACGAAAGAUGAGGUAAAAGAAGCUACAGCCAAGGACGAGACUCUGCUGUUGGUAAUACAAUCUCUGCAUACAGGAACAUGGCCCGAACAUCUUCGAAAGUUUGAAAAACUUGAAAGCGACCUGUCUACUCGAGAUGACAUCGUCGUAAAAACAGGCUGCGCAGUGAUCCCCGAAUCUCUCCGAAAGAAAGCUCUGGAGGUCGCACACAUAGGCCAUCCAUCGGCCUCAAAAAUGAAGUCCAUCUUACGUCAGCGCGUGUGGUGGCCUGGAAUGGCAACAGACGCUGAAAGAUGGGUAGAAGCUUGCGCUACCUGUGCUCUUAACGGAAGACCAGAGAAAACUACGCCUAUGCAGCGCAUCUUCGCUCCCAAGUCAGUUUGGGAAACCAUCGCGUUGGACUUUAACGGACCAUAUGUUCAGUUCGGAGGAAUUUCUAUUCUCGUUGUAGUUGAUUAUCGCUCACGAUAUUUAGUCGCCAGGCCGGUAAAAUCGACAAGCUUCUAUCACAUGAAGGCGAUACUAGAAGCGAUCUUCGAAAGGGAAGGAUUUCCAGCGAACAUAAAAACUGACAAUGGUCCGCCUUUCAAUGGCAGCGAGUACAAAACAUAUUGUUAUGAACGUGAUAUUCACACCAUAUACUCAACUCCUCUAUUUCCACAACAGAACGGUCUUGUAGAGGGUUACAUGAAGGUCAUUAACAAGGCGAUGUGCACUGCGUCCUCUGAUAAAACCAACUUUGUCGAUGAGCUUCGCGCGGCUGUGGAUGCUCAUAAUGCGGCCACCCACCGGGUAACAAAACUAGCACCUGAAGAAGUAAUGAUGGGUCGCAAAAUUAAGCGUGGUCUUCCUCUCCUACGCCACGAAAGCAGCACCAUUGAUGAUGACCUUUUUGAGCAACGGGAUCGAGAAUCCAAGCUACUGGCAAAACAGCGUGAAGAUGCACGACGUGGUGCCCGACAAUGUCGAGUCAAACCCGGUGAUAUCGUCAUCGUGGAACGUUCAUCGCGGGCGAAAGGGGAAACUAGAUUCUCUCCUAUGCGUUACACGGUUGUUGAAGAACAGAACGGCAGCUUAACACUUAGCAACGAGGCAGGUCAAAUCCUCAAACGCCAUGUAUCGCAAACCAAAAAAGUUUGUACUUGGCGCGACUCCAGCGACACUGUCCCUGAAAAUCAAGCAGAACCAGCACAACAGGCAAAACCAGCACAACAGGCAGAACCAGUGCAACAGGCAGAUCAGCAAAAUUCAACUCGAAAGAAACGAACUCCCGCGUAUUUAAAGGACUACGUGAAAACAGUAGCUAUCCAAAAGCUGUAA